AUGAAGAGAGCUGCAACGACAUCAGGCCACAAGACCAUUACCCAUAGCAAACGAGCAAAGCCGAGCACCGCAGGCCCACCUCGACCGAAAAAAGAGGCUUCCCAGCAAGCCGAGUCUUUCGGCGCCCCCCAGAAGCUCUCGGACGCGAAAUGGACAGCUUGGUCUCGCCACGCCGACUCGCCUCCGUUCCCAUCGUUUGCCCGUCCGACGCGCGAGGAAUGCUACACGGCGCACUCGAUCCUGGAAGAGCUGCACGGCGACACGGUGCGCAAGAACUUCGGAGAGACGGACAUGAACUACCCCAUCGUCAUGGACGCCCUGGUCGUCGCCGCCAUCAGCCAGGCCACGAGCUGGGCCAACGCCCAGCGGGCCAUGCGCAGCAUGAGCGACGUCUACGGCUCGACCUUCGCCUACGACGCCAUCGUCGCGGGCGGCGCCGACAAGCUGCGCGACGCCCUGCGGCCCGGCGGCAUGCAGAACCGCAAGGCCAAGAUCCUCAUGGGCUUGCUGCACGACGUCAAGGCCCGCCAUGGCCGCUGGGACCUCCAGUACCUGUUCGACAAGACCGACGAAGACGUCGUCAAGGAGGUUGUGAGCUACUGGGGCAUCGGCUUGAAAUGCGCCCAUUGCCUGUUGAGCAUCUGCCUGCACCGGAACCGCUUCGCUGUCGACACCCACAUUUACCGCAUCUCUGGUCUCUGGGGGUGGCGCCCGAAUGACGCCGGCGUUGGCGAUGCCCAGGCUCAUCUGAACAUCCGCGUGCCUGAUGACAUUAAGUUUGAGUUGCACUACCAGCUUAUAGUACAUGGCCGAGAGUGUCCAGUAUGCCGCGGGAAUGGCUCGGGCAAGCUGGCAAACUCAAAAUGGUCCUAG